AUGACCAUGUCAUCCCGACAGAUGCGCUUCCACUUUGACUGGGUGGAUCAUUGGGUGGAAGAGGAAUCGGCGGAAAAAUCGGCCAAGGACAUUAUGCACCGAUCGGCCGGUCGCAUGAUGAGCAUUCAGAAUUUCUUCAAUGAUCUCUCGCUGUAUCGAUGGCUCAAAAAAUCCACCAAGGGAAAGGUUGAAUUGGCGCGUGUCGUUGUCUUUCACAGCGACUCGUUCGUCUUUGGUCUGCAAGCCGUCUAUCGCGUUUAUUACAGUUCGAGUAGUGAAAUCCGCGAGGUUGCCGCCGAAAAGCACGUUUAUGCGUCUGGCUUUUAUGCACAGGGACGUCCUCCCAUGGUGUCCACCUUGGAACUGGCGGCCGGGGAAUUCAUUAUCGAUGUGACUACGCGACAGGGAGAAGUAGUGGAUCAAAUCACCUUUAUCACCAACCAACGAACGGUCCGAUUUGGUGGUUGGGGUGGCAUGGCACAACCGUACCAGUCGAAUCAUUUUGCCCGAGGCGUCAUGAGCCGCGUGGUCGCAUUUGCCGGAACCAAAGCCGGAGCACUCGAACGAGUGGGAUUCUUCCUAGAGCCCCUUAAUUGGGAGGCCGUUCGACCCAUCGUCUUGACGCGGAGGUUGCUGGAAGAGAAAAGAGCGCUGCCCGAUAGAGUCAACUGUGAAAAAUGGACGCCACAAGAAACCAGCGUCCAUGAUUUCUUGACAAGAGCCAAUGAUGAUAUCUUCUUUCGAGUGGCCAGUUACC